GGUGAACGUCGGCGGGCAAAGAAUUGGAAGUCGCGGCGGUCGCCAUUUCCCCAUUGGCCAGCAGUGUGGGGCCGAGCUGCUUGGCCUUUCGAGGGUCCGCUAGAAUUUCUCGUGGCGCCCGCAUUUCACAAACCUCAACUCCAGGAACCGCCGACAAGGGACAAAUACCGGCACCAUGAGAAUCGAGACGUGCUAUUUCUGCUCGUCGCCCGUGUACCCAUCAAAGGGCAUCACUUUUGUGCGCAACGAUGCAAAGGCUUUCCGUUUUUGCAAGUCGAAAUGCCACAAGAACUUCAAGAUGAAGCGUAACCCGCGCAAGCUGGCUUGGACUAAAUCUUUCCGCCGUGCGCACGGCAAGGAAAUGACCGUCGACAGCACUCUUGCCUUCGCCCAGCGCCGCAACAUUCCCGUGCGCUACAACCGCGACCUUGUUCAGACCACCCUCAAGGUUAUGUCGCGUGUCACUGAGAUCCGCGCUCGCCGUGAGCGCGCUUUCUACAAGGCCCGCAUGCGCGGCAACAAGCAGCGCCAGCGCGAGGAGGACCGCAAGCUCGUCGAGGAGAACCAGCAUCUGCUGCCGCCGAGCGAGCGCUUCGCUGCCCAGCAGCUGGAGGAGAAGGAAGUCGACGUUGCGGCGGUCAAGGCCAAGGUCGACAAGAGGCGGAAGGAGAUCGAGAUGGACGAGAGCGAGCUGGACAGCGACCUCGAGGAGACCCUGCCCAAGCAGAAGCAGAAGACCAAGAAGAAGCUGGCGAGGAAGGUUGGUGGCGGCACAGAGGCCAUGGAUGUCGAUGCAUAGUUGGGUCCGGAGCGACUGAACUGAUCGAUCGAGAGCAUCUUACGGAGUUUGGCGUCCACGGCAUUGCGGUAGAUCACGGUCACAAUUUCGAUACCACGACAAAAGCACCCAUC